ACAGUUUCUUUACAGAACCUUAAGAAGGUAGGCCAGACUUAACAGGUCUCCAAACCCGUCCGGGUGACAUGUCUGUUGUCUCUGUAGAUGGACGGAGGUCAUUAUCUGACCUCUGUCAUAUAUACAUCUUAUUACAAAUACUGAUAUCGUCGGUUCGAUCCUCAGAAGCGGACAUCGUGUCUACUAGUUUAAACUUCACCUCGGACAAUUCUAUUCCCGUUUUCGUCAAUAAUACUCAAACAGACAAAGGCAGAGCCGUCAAAAGUUCCAAUAUAAUUGUUCUAAACAAGGUUAAUGAGACCAUUUCUGCGCUGGAGCAUAAAACUCAUCGACGAACUUAUUUUAAUCAAACAGCGGGAAUUAAUCUCAUCGGUUCUUCAACAAACAGUAACCUUAGCAACCAAGUGGUUUUCAAUAACCUCUCCUACAACGGAAUAAUCUCAUCACCUUUGACCUCCAGCGAUCUUGUACGGAUAGCGAGGACUAUAAAUACGGCAACAACUACAUCGGCAAUAAUUAUUCAACGCGAUGUUAAUUCGCAACAAACUUGCAAUGAAAAGACCCACGAGGGAUGCAAAGUGCUAAACUUUGAACGGUGUACAAAGUCAGGAAAUUGUGAAUGUAUGAGGGGAUAUAUGAUCUCCAGGAAAACCGGUUUGUGUGCUGCUGUCCAGUAUUUCUGGGCAAACAUCUAUAUCAAAAGGCAGCCUCUUUUAAAUGUCGAGCUAAACGAGUUGUCAGGUGCAUAUCAGAAACUGGAGGAACAACUGAAGCGCGAGCUACUAUCAAUAUUUACUUCUCAAGGGCUUCCUGGUUUGCUAGGUGUUCAAAUAGUCCACAUUAUUUGGAAACCUACUUAUGUUGAAGUGAACUUUCGAAUAUCUGUAGAGAAAUCUGUCGCACCAAGCGUCGAGGACAUUGAAAAACUCUAUAAGAAAGGUCUCGCAGACACUCAAAACGAUGGAACUUAUCUAUACAUAAGAUGGGACCAACUAGACGGAUCAAAUAACAAAAACAAGUUAACAGAAUACAACCACUGUCAAGAUUCCAGUUACAACUACUGCAGCCUGAACGCCACCUGUACACAUUACAUGAAAUCAUUUUUGUGCAAAUGUAAAGCAGGUUACGAUGACAUUUCACCCGACAUAGUGCGCGCUCCGGGAGAGAUUUGCACAAAUAAUAACUGUCAAAGUAAAAGAGGUGAAAAGUGUACAACAAAGAAGAUAAUUUUCAAAGAUGUUAUUCCCAAACACUGCAUCUUCAGAAGUACUACCUAUUGA